AUGCGCUUCUCAACAGAAAAAUUAUUCCGCAAAGCGCACGAAGGGCGUGAAGGGACACUUGGAAUUACCCAUGAAGACACUCUUGACUCGAUUUAUUGGCUUGGACGUUCUCUGUAUGAACAAGGAAAAUACACAGCCGCAGAAGAAAUGCUCCGGAAAGCUAUCGGUGGGCAAGAGAUCACUCUUGGACCUGCUCAUAAUGAUACCCUUGACUCGAUUUUUUGGCUUGGAAAUUCACCGUAUAACCAAGAGAAAUACACAGACGCAGAAGAAUUGCUCCGGAAAGCUGCUAAUGGGCAAGAGAUCACUCUUGGCCCUUCUCAUGAAGAUACCCUUUUCUCUAUUCAUUGGCUUGGACGUAUUAUAUAUUGUCAGGGAAAAUACAAAGCUGCAGAGAGAAAGUUCCGAGCAGCAUACAAAAGGCAACAACAGACCUUGGGUCAUGCAAAUGCGGAUACAAGGAAUUUCCUGUCAUGGAUGAACAAUGCUAAGGCAAUGGGCCGCCGUAAAUAUUGA